AUGGAACCCAUGGAUAUAGUUGCAAAAUCAAAGGAAGAUGCGUCGCUUCCCAAAGCGACGAUGACGAAAAUUAUUAAAGAGAUGUUACCACCAGAUGUGCGUGUUGCAAGAGAUACACAGGAUUUGUUGAUUGAAUGCUGUGUAGAGUUCAUAAACCUUAUCUCAUCAGAGUCAAAUGAAGUAUGUAACAGAGAGGAAAGAAGGACGAUUGCACCUGAGCACGUGUUGAAGGCUUUAGGGGUUCUUGGAUUUGGCGAUUACAUUGAGGAAGUUUAUGCAGCAUAUGAACAGCACAAAAUGGAGACAGUGCAGGACUCUAUAAAAGGUGCCAAGUGGAGUGGCGCAGCUGAGAUGACUGAGGAACAGGCAUUAGCAGAGCAGCAAAGGAUGUUUGCAGAGGCACGUGCUAGAAUGAACGGAGGGACCAUAACUUCAAAUCAACCUGAUGCUGACCAAAGUUUAGAGAACUAA